AUGGUAAAAGCCGGACCGGACGUCGUGGGCGAAAACCAGGGCGGCUUCGCAUCCGACGACAGCGAAAUCCUCGGCUUCUCGCACAUGCACGACUCUGGAACCGGAGGCGCCGCCUCCCUCGGCAACUUCCCCAUCUUCCCGCAAUCUGGCUGCCCGAACGGCGACAUCAACGCCUGCAACUUCACCUCCUGGGAACGUCUCACGCCCCGCGUAAAUGGCAGCGUGCACGCGCGCCCCGGAUACUUCGACAUCACGCUCGCCUCGCAAAUCCGGACGGAAAUGACCGUCUCAAACCGCACCGCUUUAUACAGGUUCACAUUUCCCUCGACGCCAGUCACGCCCAACACGCCGCUAAACCCGCUCAUCGUGCUCGAGCUCCAAGACCUUCCGCAGACGCGCAGCGACGGCACCAUCAAAGUCGGGGCGAAUGGGCGGCUCACGGGCGGCGCUCGCUUCAUACCCAGUUUCGGAAUCGGCUCGUAUGUGAGCUACUUCUGCGCUGAUUUCCAUGGCGCGAGCUUGAAGCGCAGCGGCGUGUUUUCGAACUCGCGCGCCUCGGCUGAGGCAAAGUUCUUCAGGGUGCUUGGGGCUGAGACGGAGAGUAGUCCGAGUAUACGACCUGCGGGGGGUUGGGUGCAGUUCGAGAAGCCGGAUAGUAACAAUCAGAUUGCCGCGCGCGUGGGGAUGAGCUUCAUCAGCGAAGCGCAAGCAUGUGCGAAUGCGGAGCGCGAGAUCCCCGAGUUCGAUUUCGACGGUACGCUUAAGGCGGCCGAGAAGGCUUGGAGCGAUAAACUCGACGUGAUUAGCAUCGAGCCUGGGGGUGCGAGCGAUGUGCUGCAGCGCGCGUUCUGGAGCGGCGUGUAUCGCAGUAUGAUCAGUCCGCAGGAUUAUACGGGUGAGAACCCAUAUUGGAGUACGCCCGGCGAGCCGUACUAUGAUAGCUACUAUUGCAUCUGGGAUAGUUUCAGGAGUAUCCAUCCGCUGAUUACGCUGCUGGAUCCGCACAGUCAGACGUUGAUGGUGAGGAGUUUGUUGGAUAUCUAUCGGCAUGAGGGGAAGUUGCCGGAUUGUCGGAUGAGCUUUUGCAAAGGCUUUACGCAGGGCGGAUCGAACGCCGACAUUGUCAUCGUAGACGCCUACCUCAAGAACAUAACCACGGGCAUCGACUGGACCCUGGCCUACGAAGCGCUCGUCUCCGACGCAGAAAUCGAGCCGCGAAACUGGGACGUCGAAGGACGCGGCGGCCUCAGAUCCUGGAAGGAGCUUGGAUACAUCCCAACCGAGAAUCUCGAUCUCGAAGGUGUCGGCACCGAAACGCGCAGCAUCUCGCGCACCGUCGAAUACGCAUACAACGACUUCUGCAUCGCGCUUCUCGCCAAGGCGCUCGGCCACACCGCCGACUACAACAAGUACCUCACCAGAUCCGGCAACUGGAAGAAUAUGUUCAAAGCAGACCAGAAGUCCCUCAUCAACGGCACAGACACGGGGUUCACUGGCUUCCUGCAGCCACGCUACAUGAACGGCACCUGGGGCUUCCAGGACCCGAUCUUCUGUUCUCCCCUGAUGGACUUUACUGGCUGUUAUUUGAAUCCAAGCGGCGGCGAGACCUACGAAGGCCCCGUAUGGCUCUACACCUUCUUCGCGCCCGGCGACAUGGCGACGCUGAUCCGCACGCUCGGCGGCGCCGAACAGUUUGUCAAGCGUCUCGAUUUCUUCCACGAGUCGGGCAUGUGCUACAUCGGCGACGAGCAAGCCUUCCUAAAAGUCUUUCUGUACCACUACGCCGGUCGGCCCGCCAAGUCGGCCGAGCGCGCGCACUUCUACAUCCCCAGCCAAUUCAACGACAGCCUGAACGGCAUCCCAGGCAACGACGACAGCGGAGCUAUGGGCUCCUUCGAAGCGCUCACCAUGAUGGGCAUAUUCCCCAACGCAGGGCAAGACGUGUACUUCAUCACGCCUCCGUUCUUCGAAUCGAUUUCCAUCCGCAACGGCCAAACGGGCAAGACGGCGACGAUCCGGAAUAUCAAUUUCGAUCCGAGUGGGAAGAAUGUAUAUAUCCAGUCGGCGACGCUGAAUGGCGAGCCCUAUACGCGGAAUUGGUUGCAGCAUAGCUUCUUCCUCGAGGGAGGGACGCUGGAGUUGACGCUGGGCACGAGUGAGAGUGCUUGGGGGACGGGGCCUGAGGAUGUGCCGCCGAGUUUGGGCCCGUUUGGCGGUGGGAAUGGGACGGCGAAUGGGACACAAGGGGGCAUGGGGAGGAGGUGGGAGAUGCCGAGGUUGCCGAGGUUGGAGUGGGAGAGCUGAUAGGAGGGAGGUGGAGAGUGUGAUUGUUGUGCAAAGGUCGACUGGCCCCGGGGAUGACUGAAGGUUUGCAUGCUUACUGUACAUAGCAUACUUCCUAGUACCAUCGUAAUCCAAUAGGCAAUACUAGUUUGAGGUAUUCAGUGGCCGUUAUCAAUGGCAUGCCUCCUCCAUAGCCGCGCCACAAUUGCCCCUGACAGCAAGGCACUGUAUCCACCGUCUGAGACCAUCGAAGGGAAGGAUUAAUGUUCGGCAGUAGGCUCCCUUCACUGCAAAGCGGAAUCUGCGGAGUCUAGAUAAGGCUGCACCCAAAAAAUCCCGCAAUCAAGGCUAUGUAUAGCCCGUCACAACUGGUAUCGAUCGGGCGGUAGGGGAAACUUGACACCGUCUGUGGCAGAUCCAAAAUGGC